AAAAUUUCACAUUUUGUGCAGGACUAACAAAUUCCAGCCACGUGCACAGUACCGACUCUUCUGGACAUCGUUCUCAGUAGAAUCUUCUGGACAUGCCAUGCAAGAAGCUGCCUAGAUAAUUAAUAGUUGCGUGACGAAAAUCAGAGUCCGAAAGGAAAGAAACCAUUUAUUUCCCCACCAUUCUUCUUCUCCAUUUCCCUCUUCCACUGAUCGAUUCUUCUGCAAUCCAAACACAAAACAAUCGAGAAUCGGAGAUGAUAGAGGUGAUUUUGAACGACAGGUUGGGGAAGAAAGUCCGAGUCAAAUGCAACGAGGACGAUACCAUCGGCGAUCUUAAGAAGCUCGUCGCUGCUCAGACUGGUACCCGACCUGAAAAGAUUCGUAUUCAGAAGUGGUAUACCAUCUACAAGGACCACAUUACCCUCAAGGAUUACGAGAUUCACGAUGGCAUGGGCCUCGAGCUCUACUAUAACUAGUUUCUCCAUCACUCUGAGACUGGUCCGUUUCUCCCUUUUCGAAUUAGCCUAAUACGCCAUGUUUGUUUGUGUGUGAGAUUUGAUUUAAUGGACUAGUGUACUUGACUGAUGAUGGAGACUCUCUAUGAUUUGGGUGUUUAAUUGAAUUUCACUGGCUUGCAUCCGCUUCGUA